AUGCACUAUACGUUGUCUCUCGCAGUGGCAUUUCUGCCAUUCGGAAUCCAAGCACAGCAGACCCUUUGGGGACAAUGUGGGGGUCAAGGAUAUUCAGGGGCCACCAGUUGCGUGGCUGGUGCAACAUGCUCAACUAUAAAUGAAUACUAUGCUCAGUGUACGCCAGCGACAGGCUCGGCCUCUGCCACUACCUUGAAGACAACUACUAGUAGUACCACUGCUGCAGUGACGACAACGACAGCUACUAGCACCCCUGCUGCCUCUGCCUCGCCGACUACCACGGCCAGCGCCAGUGGCAACCCGUUCAGUGGAUACCAGCUCUACGUGAACCCGUACUACUCAUCGGAAGUCGCAUCUUUGGCGAUCCCAUCGCUCACUGGUUCUCUUUCCUCGCUCCAGGCGGCGGCAACCGCCGCAGCCAAGGUGCCGUCUUUCGUAUGGCUGGAUACUGCCGACAAAGUUCCUACCAUGGCGGACUAUCUGGCCGACAUCAAAUCUCAGAAUUCUGCCGGAGCGAACCCCCCUAUCGCGGGUCAGUUUGUGGUGUACGACCUCCCUGACCGCGACUGCGCCGCGCUCGCCAGUAACGGUGAGUAUUCGAUCGCGGACAACGGGGUUGAACACUACAAGGCCUACAUUGAUUCCAUCCGCGAGGUUCUUGUGCAGUAUUCGGAUGUUCAUACCCUUCUGGUAAUUGAGCCCGACAGCCUCGCCAACCUGGUGACGAACCUGAACGUAGCCAAAUGUGCCAAUGCUGAAAGUGCUUACCUUGAAUGUACGAACUACGCGCUAACCCAGCUCAAUCUCCCCAACGUGGCCAUGUAUCUUGACGCUGGACACGCCGGUUGGCUCGGCUGGCCCGCAAAUCAGCAACCCGCCGCCGACCUGUUUGCAAGCGUCUACAAGAACGCCAGUUCUCCCGCCGCAGUGCGCGGUCUGGCCACGAACGUUGCCAACUACAACGCCUGGACGAUCUCUUCCUGCCCCUCCUACACCCAGGGAAAUAGCGUCUGCGAUGAGCAACAGUAUAUCAAUGCGAUUGCCCCACUGCUAGAGGCGCAGGGCUUCGACGCCCACUUUAUCGUCGAUACCGGCCGCAACGGCAAACAGCCCACGGGCCAACAGGCCUGGGGUGACUGGUGCAAUGUCAUCAACACCGGGUUCGGUGUUCGCCCGACUACCAGCACUGGCGAUGCGCUCGUCGACGCCUUCGUCUGGGUGAAGCCUGGAGGCGAGAGUGACGGCACCUCUGACAGCUCGGCUACUCGAUACGAUGCGCACUGCGGGUAUAGUGAUGCCUUGCAGCCAGCGCCUGAGGCGGGGACUUGGUUUCAGGCCUACUUCGUGCAGCUGCUCACAAACGCUAAUCCAGCUUUUUAG